AUGAUUUUGUUUGGCAAGAGCAGCGAAGGCGAGAAAGCUGGCGCCGUUGCCUACAGCUCUGUGCAGCAACCUGCCGGUCAGGUUGAGGCCCAAGAACCUCCGACAGAUUCAUCUUCUGAUUUUCCAGAACCCGGGAAAAGACAACGCAACUGGUCACAGCGUCUGAACCCGCUCAAGACGAAGUAUGUACCAUUGGUACCAGAGAAGCGCCAACCAUCUUUAGAAGCCAAGGCUGGCUUCAUAUCCAGACUGCUGUUUACCUGGGUUACCCCUCUAAUGCAUAUCGGUUAUCAACGACCACUAGAGCAGAACGACAUCUGGGAGGUGAACCCCGAGCGCAGCGCUGAGGUCCUCGAAGUCAAAUUUCGGGCUGCCUUCCAAAAUCAAAUCAGCAAUGGCAGCUCGCGUCCGCUGUUGCGAGCACUGUUCAGCACUUUCAAGAAGGAAUUCAUCAUCGGUGCAAUUUGCCAACUCGGCAGCACAAUUGCGGCAACCAUCUCGCCUUUCCUUCUCAAAUACCUCAUCGCCUUCGCCACACAAGCCUACAACGCAGCUCAGAAUGGCUCGGCGCCACCGAACAUAGCAUAUGGCGUAGGCCUCGUCCUCAUCAUUACGUUUCUUCAGGUCAUCAUGACGCUGAGCAUCAAUCAUUUCCUGUACUUUGGCAUGACGGUUGGCGGCGAAGCCCGUGCUGUUUUGAUGUCCGUCAUCUUCGACAAAGCAAUGAAGAUCUCAGGACGCGCCAAAGCUGGAGGUUCACACGAUGCGGCAUUACCCCCGAGCGCAGUUGAGCCCGGCAGCGAAGAGGAGCGGAAGUGGUAUGAGAAGCUGCUCAAGAGGCGCGAGAAGCAGAAAUCACCAAAGCAAAAUGACAGCAAGAUUGAAGAGGACGGUGGCUGGAGCAAUGGCCGUAUCGUCAACCUCAUGUCCACGGACACCUAUCGGAUCGAUCAAGCCAGCGGUUUCUUCCACCUUCUCUGGGGCUCUCCACUCAACAUCGUCAUCACCAUGGUGCUUCUGUUGAUCAACCUGACCUACAGCGCCCUGCCAGGACUGGGUCUUCUGUUCAUCUGCUCUCCAGCGCUAGGCCUGGCGUUCAAGGCUCUCUUUAAGCGCCGCUUUGCCAUCAACCAGAUCACAGACGCUCGUGUAGGCCUUACUCAAGAGGUCUUACAAGCGAUGCGUUUCGUCAAACUAUUCGGGUGGGAAACAAGUUUCCUCGGGCGCAUUGACGAGAUUCGCAAGAAGGAGAUCAAAUCCAUACAAAUUCUCAUGUCGAUCCGCGACGGUAUUCAGGCCGUCGCCAUGUCCAUGCCGGUUUUCGCCUCAAUGCUUUCCUUCAUCACGUACUCUCUGAGCAGUCAUUCUCUGAACCCUGCUCCUAUUUUCAGCUCGCUAGCUCUCUUCAACGGCCUACGGAUGCCUCUCAACAUGUUACCCAUGGUCAUUGGUCAGGCGGUCGAUGCACUUGCGUCAGUGAAGCGCAUUCAAGACUUUCUUCUGGCUGAAGAAUCCACGGAUGACGCCCAGUACGACUACACCAACGUGAACGCCAUCGUGGUCGAAGAUGCAACUUUCACUUGGGAGCAGACUUUGGCACAGGCGCGAGACGACCUCAACGACGAUGGGCGUGGAACUGGAGUCAGAACGCCAAGCACAAUGACCAUGAUCGAGCCAUUUCAUAUUCCCAACCUGGAUCUGACGGUGGGCAGAUCAGAAUUGGUCGCCGUGAUCGGCAGCGUUGGCUCUGGAAAGACGUCUCUUCUGGCGGCUUUGGCUGGGGACAUGCGUCAAACGGGAGGCUGUGUCACCUUUGGAGCUACGCGUGCCUUUUGCCCUCAGUAUGCUUGGAUCCAGAACGCCAGUGUGAGAGACAAUAUCGUCUUUGGACGGGACUUUGACCGCGAGUGGUACGACAAAGUGGUUGAUGCCUGCGCCCUCCGCACCGACUUCCAGAUGCUUCCUGAUGGUGACAAGACGGAAAUCGGCGAGCGCGGUAUUACUGUCUCCGGUGGACAAAAGCAACGCAUCAACAUUGCGCGUGCUAUCUACUUCAACGCUGACAUUGUCCUGAUGGAUGAUCCUCUUUCUGCAGUCGACACACAUGUUGGCAAGCAGAUCAUGGAUAAGGCUAUCUGUGGCCUUCUGUCAAAUAAAUGCCGUAUCUUGGCCACCCACCAACUCCACGUUUUGAACCGGUCCGACAGAAUUAUCUGGCUUGACGAAGGCCACAUCAAGGCGCAAGGAAGUUACGAGGAGCUCAUGGCCGAGAACGAAGAUUUCGGGAAGCUCAUGACACUCACAACCGUGGACGACAAGUCACAAGAGUUGCCAAAGAAUUCCAACAGUCCCAUCACCUCGGCCAACGAAGAUUCCAUCAACGAAGACGAGAAGCUGGUCAAGAUUGAAACGCACAAGAGCACUGCAGCCCUCAUGCAAGCCGAGGAAAGCGCGUCGGGAGCUGUCAGCUGGAGCGUCUACGGCGCUUACAUCAAGGCCAGCGGUUCCAUCUUCGUAGCUCCUUUGGUCAUCGGCUUCCUAGUCCUCGCUCAAGGCUGCAAUAUCAUGACCAGUCUUUGGUUGUCCUGGUGGACGGCGGGUCAGUUCUCUGGCGUCACUCAAGACACCUACAUCGGUGUAUACGCAGGACUGGGUGCAGCGCAAGCUAUCUUGAUGUUCAUGUUUGCCAUUUCGAUUUCCAUCUUUGGCACACGCGCAUCCAAGGUCAUGCUCAAGCGCGCCAUGACCAAGGUCCUUCGCGCACCAAUGUCCUUCUUUGAUACGACUCCGUUGGGCCGCAUCACCAAUCGCUUCAGCAAGGAUAUCGAUGUCAUGGAUAACACCCUCACCGACUCACUGCGCAUGUAUCUGUUGACUAUCAGCAUGCUGCUUUCCACCAUGGCGCUCAUCCUGGCGUAUUACUACUACUUCGUCGCGGCUCUGGUGCCCCUGCUUUGCAUUUUUCUCUUCUCGGCUAGCUAUUACCGUAGCUCGGCGCGUGAAAUCAAACGCCACGAGUCUUUGCUACGCUCGCAUGUUUUCGCCAAAUUCAGCGAGGCCGUUUAUGGUACCACGACGAUUCGUGCGUAUGGACUACAGCAGCAUUUCUCAACGGUUUUGCGGAAGCAGAUCGAUGAUUUCGACGGCGCGUACUUUCUCACGUUCGGGAACCAACGCUGGCUCUCUCUUCGCCUAGACGCCAUCGGUCUGGUCACGAUCUUCGUGCUCGGUAUGCUGGUCGUCACCUCUCGUUUCACCGUCAACCCCAGUAUCGGAGGCCUGGUUUUGUCGUACAUGCUGGGUAUCAUGGGCCAGUUCCAGUUCGCGGUCCGUCAGAUGGCCGAAGUUGAAAACGACAUGAACAACACGGAGCGCAUUCAUCACUAUGGCACUGGUCUGGAAGAAGAGGCACCGUUGCAGAUAGGGGAGGGCAUGCCCAAGAGCUGGCCCAGCCAUGGCGAAAUCGUUUUCGACCAUGUGCAGAUGCGCUAUCGGGCUGGUUUGCCGCUAGUACUCAGAGACAUCCACCUGCAUAUCAAAGGAGGCGAACGUAUGGGAGUUGUCGGUCGCACAGGUGCCGGCAAAUCAUCCAUCAUGUCGACAUUAUUCCGUCUGGUGGAAAUUAGCGGCGGUUCUAUUACCAUUGAUGGUGUCAACAUCAGCACGAUAGGCCUGCAGGAUUUGCGGUCACGCUUGGCCAUUAUUCCUCAGGAUCCGACAUUGUUCAAGGGAACCAUCAGAUCGAAUCUGGAUCCUUUUGACGAGCACUCGGAUAUCGAGCUAUGGGCAGCACUGCAAAAGGCAAACCUCGCCUCUGAGACAUCUGGCUUGGGUCUGCAGACCGUGGUUGAAGAAGAAGGUCUCAACUUCUCCUUGGGUCAACGACAACUGCUUGCACUGGCACGAGCUCUCGUACGCAAUGCCAAGAUCAUUGUUUGCGAUGAAGCUACAAGCUCAGUCGACUUCGCUACAGACCAGAAAGUUCAAGAGACUAUGGAGUCACUCAGGGGCAAGACGCUGCUGUGCAUUGCCCACAGACUCAAGACGAUUAUUGGCUACGACAGAAUCUGCGUUAUGGACAAGGGUACGGUGGCUGAAUUGGGCACACCACUUGAGUUGUUUGAUAGGCGUGGCAUCUUCACGAGCAUGUGUGAAAAGGGCGGAAUAAAGAGGGAGGAUAUCUCGGCGAAGGUAGCCACGAGUCCUGUCGUUUAG